UACAGAGCCGGAUGUUAUCCUGAAAGCUGCUCAAAGCUCCGCGAAUGAAAACAAAAACAAACAGCUAAUAAACAGACAUGGAGGUGACGGAGGAGGAGCAACAGCAGGUGGAGGAGCAGGUGGAGAAGCUGCUGAGUGGUCAGGGGUCAGAGGUCACCAUGUGUGAUGUGGGCCUGGACCAAAGCAAACCGGCGACUCUGAGGAAGACAGUCACCUACAUCGUCUGCGCCAUCAUCUUUAAUGAAAAGGAGGAGGUGCUGAUGGUCCAGGAGGCGAAGCCUGAGUGUUACCAGCAGUGGUACCUGCCUGCAGGGAGGGUGGAGGUGGGGGAGAGCAUCGAGGAGGCGCUGAGGCGGGAGGUGAAGGAGGAGGCGGGGUUUGAAUGUCAGCCAAUCACAUUGCUGCUGAUCCAAGAGCAAGGACCCCAGUGGAUCCGCUUCAUCUUCCUGGCCAAGAUCACAGACGGCACUAUAAAAUGUCUCUCUGCAGCAGACCAGGAGUCUCUUCAGGCCACCUGGUGGGACAGACAGCCAUCGCUCCCUCUGAGAGGACGGGACAUCCUCUGUCUCAUCGACUGUGGACUAAAGUACCAUCGGAAUCCCUGGCAUCCUGUCACCCUGCCCAUAGACCUCAGCUGCCGUCAUGUGGUUCAGAGACUCGUCUUGAUCUUCACCAAUGCUCAGGACCAGAUCUGGAUCCUUCUGGUUAAAGCCCCAGUGUUCCACCUUCCCACGGCAGCGGCGGUGAAGACGCACGCUGUGACCUGGGCGGCCAACAUGGUGGUGCAGGAAGCGAUGCCAUCAGCGUACUAUGACCAUGAUGUCAACACGCUGGGCAUCUUCAGCCUGCAGCACAACGGCCGGCAGCACGGAAAAACCGACGGCGUGUGUUUCAACACACUGGUGACACUGGUACCAGAUCACGUCCAACGCAAUGAGGAUGGUGAGAAAUUGGAGCUGGUAGACAUGGGGCGGCCACCGCUGGUGGAAAACCCUCGUUACAGCUGGUACGAAGUCCAGAACCAGACUCUGAGAGAGAAACUCCUGGAAAAGACCAAAAACACUUCGACUGUACCCGUCCACAGCCUUUACUGACCGACAGAAAGAGGACUCUUAUUUUGAAACACAGAUGGCAGAGGUUCUGUUCCGACAGAAAAUAAUGCCUUAUUUUAUUUUGCACUUCAAAUCAAAAAAAAAAAAUCAAAAUAACUUUAUUUAUCCGUCAGGAACUUCAUUUGCAGACAAAGCGCCAGCACGAGCAGAAACACACAUUUCAUACAUGAUAAAAUUCCAUAAAAAUCAACACUUCAUCAACACUUGAUAAAUAUAAUUACAAAAGCCAGUAAAAGCCAAGCACAGCCUGCUUAAAGAACUAGUCACAUUAGCUGCUGUUCAGCAGGUGAAUCGAGGUGGGCAAGAAACUGGAGGUGGCCCUCUUAGUCCUAAAAGGCAGGGACCUAAACCUGCGACCUGAUGGUAAGAGGGUGUAAUGCUGGUGCAGAGUGUGAGUGAGGUCUGUGGAGAUCUGUGUGGCUUUCCUCACAACUCUGUGGUUAUAGAUGGAGGUGAGUGAAUCCUGCUGCUGUCCAUUGAUUUUGCUACUGAUCUUGACUUUAUUGAGUGUUACGAUGGGUGAGACUGAGUGAACCAAACCAGGCUGUGAUAUUGAACGUGAGGAUGGAUUCUAUGAAGCAUUUAUAAAAAACUACAAGAAUUGAGUGGUGAACCUGUAAUUUGCGAAGGUUAUGGAGGAAAAAAAAGGUGCUGUUGACAUUUCGAGAAAAUUUGUUCUGUGUUGAAUUGAAAUGUGAGUUUGUUAUCAAUUAUUGUAUUUGUCCAGUUCAGCCUGUAGAAGUCCAUCUGUGUUAGUGGAGUCCAUGAUAACAGUGUCAUCAGAAUAUUUGAUAUAUGUUAUUGUGGGGGUAGUGCUCCUGCAGUCAUUAGUGUACAGAGUGAAGAGAAGUGGAGAGAUGACUGAGCCCUGGGGUGAACCUGUGGAUAUUGUCCUGAUCGAGCUGAGAUGACCAUUUACCCUGACCCUCUGUUCCCUCCUUGAGAGGAAGGAGAGAACCCAAAGGAUGAGGUGAGGGUUGGUGUUCAUCUCGAGCAGCUUACGUCCCAUGAGAUGUGGUUGCAAGGUGUUAAAUGCACUUGAAAAGUCCACAAAGACCAGACUGACAUGGGACUUGGGCUUUUCCAGGUGAGUGAUGGCACCAUGUAACAGGGUCAGCACUGCAUCAUCCACCCCCCUAUGUGGCCGGUAUGCAAACUGGAGUGGGUCAGAAUGCACACCAACAUCGACCUGCAGCUGGGCCAUGACGAGCCUCUCAAAGCUCUUCAUGACCAGUGACGUCAGUGCUACAGGCCGAUAGUCAUUGCUGAUAGUGGGGUUGCUCUUCUUUGCCACUGGACAAAUGAUGGAAGACUUCCAGAGGGAGGGGAUGGAAUGUUCAGCCAAGGAGCAGUUUAACAGUUGAACACUAGUUCAGAUUAGAUAGAAAUUUAUUGACCCCUUAGGAAGACUCCCUUAGGGAAAUUGAGGUUCCAGCAGCAUUGUAUAGCAGCACACAGGGUAAGAAGCACACAGAGUAUCAAAAGUGAAAAUAAAAAAGAAAAACCGUUUGCAACUA